UCUGCACCGGGCUGAUGAAGUGGUAUCCCGACCCUCGACACAUCCACUGCAUCCAGUCAUGUGAGCCUUUUGGAGGGGACGGCUGGUGCGACACCAUCAACAACCGGGCCUAUUGCCAGUACGACGGAGGAGACUGCUGCCCGUCCACGCUGUCCAGCAGGAAGGUCAUUCAGUUUGGGGCCGACUGCAAUCAGGACGAGUGCACUUGCCGUGAUCCGGACGCUGAGGAGAACAAGAGCAAAGCCAAGCGCUUGGAAGGGGGCGGAGCCAGAGGAGGAAUGCAAUAAGACGGAGGGAUGAAAGCGGCUGAACUCGUGUUAAACAGAGUCAAACCGCAGACUUUACAACCACAACAAACAAACAAAAAAAUAUCGGAUUUUUUACCAUUUUUUGCUAUGUGAAGAAUGUGAUUGAAGUCAGACUUCAUACAAUAAAAGGCCAUUUUUACUUCAUCAGAAAUUAUGUUACUGUUAAAAAGCCUCCAAGUCUGAGUCAUGUUGGGUUUUUUUUUUUUUUUGGAAGUGUGAUUCCUGUGUUCCUGCUUGGACAGAGGAGGACAUCAUGGACUGGUUUUUGCUGUUAAGUUAAGGUGAUCUCCACCUCAAAAAGCAGAACGUUCUAUUUUAACAGGAGGCAACACAACAGACGACAACCUCUGCGUAGAAAAAAAAACAUCUUAUCCACUUCAGUACAAGUCGUUAUAAUCGAAACAAAUCACUGCUGCAAAUAGAUUCAAGUGCUUUUCUGGAAUUGAUUAGUCCCGGGAUGAAGAAACCGAAAAGGACCCACGCUUACGCCGACUAUGUACAGAAUCCAGAAAAUAAAUAAGACACAAUAUUUCAGUCAGUCUGAAACCAAAACAGAAAAAUAUAUCAUCUAGGGGCUGCACGAUAUGGUCAAAAACCUCAGUUAUAUGCAUUUGACAUGUGUAUUUUACAUGGUAAUGGUAUAUAUCACAUACACUCAUUGUAACUUUAAUUAAGAACUGGCUUAAAUAAUCAUAGAAACUAUACUAGAGAAGCUUCACACAGGUCUAGUUUAACCUAUGGAACUCUGGUGGAUUAAAAAAAAAAAAACCCUGAUUGUGUUUCAUGCAGUUCAUUUGGAUCUGAUAUAAGGCUCACAACAACAAAAAUAUCCUUAUUAUAGCUGCAGAUGCAUGUCACGAAGGAUUUAAGUUUUCACUUACUGCCAUUUCUUACUUCUGUUCAUUCCUCUGAUGCAGUAUCAUAUCCCUGAGUCCAUAAAACACUGUUCAUUCCAACAAUUUACAUGCGAUAUUAACACUUAAAGACUCAAACAUUCACCGUCAACCAAAAAAAAAGCCUCAAAGUCUGUUGAUCCAUUAAUCCUAUCAAUACUUGUAA